AAGGAUAGAAAUUAGAAAGAAAAGAAAGGAAGUAGAUAUAUAUUAUUGCCCGUUGGUCUUCUUUUUCCUUUCUGUUCUUCUUCUUCGUCAUCUCUCUUUCUCUCUCCCUCCCUCUCCUCUUUGUAGAUUAUUGAAUCGAUCUGUUCUACACCAUGAUUUGAAAUGGCCGAGAUUAAUGUAUAAUUCCUGACUAACAAUUUCUCGGCUGGAAUUUGAAGGUGUUGUUGAUUAACAAAAGGGUUUCUGUAAUUUUUAUGGAGCCAUUUAAUUUAAGGGUUCCUGCUAUUUAUAUUCAACCAAUGGGGCAACGCAAUAUGUUAUGCACAAAUCAGAUGCUUGAUAUUGAGAUGGAUCAACAAGGCCGGGGGCAUUUCCCUUCGGAACCCUGUAUCAUGUUGGCCAAUAUUGCUGAGUAUCCACACCCUAAUGCCCAUCAGGUAUUGUCAGUUUCUGGGACAACAAGUAAUCCCGAUCCUCACCGCAUGGCGGGUCAUCAAGAUAGUAGCCUAUAUUUUGCCCCCCCCUAUAAUGGUCUUCAACAUCGUUGUUCGAUCUCAAAUGUUGAUUUGAGUAUUGCUGGUCCAUCAAGCAUCUAUAAUCCUUACAUGAUCCACUCUUCUACUGGAGGAAUCUUCCCCAUGUCGCUAAACUGUUCUCCCUCUAACCACCUACCUAGUCAACCAUCUUCUAGCAAUCAUGGUGUAGAUAUUUAUGAAAGUAAUCAGUUCAUGGAUUGCAUGAGAAAUUCAGGAAAGAGAAAAAACGCUGAAGGAGUAGUUCAAGAGAAUCUCCUUCAUCUUAAUGGCUCUGCAAGCUCAAGCUCAUCCUUACCAGGCACACAACUAAAUACUGGCCCACAGCAACAGGAAGAACAAACUGAAACUGCUUUGUCGGAUGACUCAGCUUCCAUGGCACCUGAAUACCGACCAAAUGGCCUUCUAACUCUUGCAGAAGAAUCCGAACGAAGUGUGCGGAGCAGAUCAAAUACCAUCAGUCUUCAGGUCGCCCCUUCUGUGGCACAUAACCAUAAUCAAUUAGUUCAAGGGACUUAUAUGGGUCACUACUUUCACCCAGUGAGCAAUUCCUGGGUGGACCAACAGUUUGGGAACAAUGCUAGAGUUGGAGUAAGUUCAGCAUGGAACCAUGGUCCAGCUAUACCUUAUUUACCUGGUAGAAAUGUCAAUGGCGGGUUUUCAGAGAUUGUGAGCAUAGGUGGCCCGGGUUAUCAGGAGGCUACAACCAGCAGAAAUUCUGCAAUUCUCUCCCACUCUCAUUCUAUGCACCGGCAAGUGCACAAUCAUCAUCAUCACCCCCCUGUCCCAGUCCAAGCAUUGAGAGGCCACCCCAGUUACCAGGCCCAAGUACCGCUCCCUUCCUAUAGGCAACCAAUGAACAAUCUCUUGCACCAUGGCCCUUUCCACACUUCUAGGGAUAGCCAAGAGGCCGGGCCUAGACAUCAUCCAAGACCUUUUCCUACCAAUGGCCUCAGGUUUUACAGGCCCCAUCGCAGUGGGGUAAAUCAGACAGGCGCAGAAGGAAGAAACAGUCCCCACUUGAGAUUUCUAGCAGCAGAUGAGGUUGCCAUAUUGGAACUUCCAGGGUAUUAUGAAGUUGGCAAUUUCGUCGAUCAACAUAGAGAGAUGCGAUUGGACAUAGACGACAUGUCUUAUGAGGAACUACUUGCAUUAGGUGAACAGAUCGGUAGCGUAAAAACGGGUUUGUCAGAAGAUACUAUCUUGCGUCAUCUCAAGACUAGAAUCCACAUUUCGUCAUCUGGCGGUUCAUAUAGCAUGAAUCGGGAGACCGAGACAUGUAUUGUUUGUCAGAUUGGAUACGAAAAUCAGGAAAAGAUUGGGACUUUAGAUUGUGGACAUGAGUACCAUGUAGACUGCAUAAGCAAGUGGCUGUCGGUGAAGAAUGUAUGCCCCAUUUGUAAAACGCCGGCUUUGACUGGGAAAGGCAUUAUUGGAUAGAGGGAAAAGGUAGAAUGAGAGAAGAGGAUUCUGAACUAUUUUGUUAUUACUAAUCUAUGUGUUGUUUAACCAGAGAACCCAAUUUGUGUUCUACUCUGUGUUGUACAUACAGAUAUAAUCAGCACAAACACUCAUCGUCCGCUGUCCCAAAAACAUUCAUUCUUUGCCCCUCUUAAAAUGAAGGGGCUCUCUAUCGUUAUCCAUCUAUAUCUUUACUCCCCCUCUCUCAGUUGUAGACGUUAUCAAAUCAAUCUGUACACAUUAAAGCUCUAAGAUUAAUGAACUCUGUAAUUAAUAAUAAAUGGAAAGAUGGCUUGCCUGUAGUAUCA